AUGGUCACCCACGUCGACCUCCGUUACAACAAGAUCGGGGACGAGGGCGCCAAGGCGCUCGCAGAUGCUCUGAAAUCAAACAAGACCGUCACCGACAUCAACCUCAAUAGAAACAACAUCGAAGUCGAGGGCACCAAGGCACUCGCAGAUGCCUUGAAGCGCAACUGUAUGGUCACCCACGUCGACCUCGGUGACAACGAGAUCGGGGUCGACGGCGCCAAGGCACUGGCAGAUGCCUUGAAGUCCAACUGUACGGCCACCCACGUCGACCUCCGUUACAACAACAUCGGGGACGAGGGCGCCAAGGCCAGGCAGUGCCCGCGGGGUGUUUGCAGCUUGCAAUUUCGACAACCGCUUUCCUGUGAGAGGCACUCGAAGAUGUUCGGAAGUUCAACAAUGUCGUCGUCGUCAGGAUGUGAUUGA